UCUGUCCUUGUGAAGCGGAGCUGAAGCAGUCUGUUGGAGAACGUGCUCCUCUGUCCCUGCAGCAGGUGGAGAGGGCGGUCCGGGUUCUCCAAUAUGGACAAUAGUUUCUUCAGUCCUCUUCUCCACCACCUGUCCAGGUAGUCCUGUUUGCAGCCAGUGAUGGAGCCGGCCUUCUUCACCAGUUCAGUGAGUCGGUGUCAUUACUUUUUCUCAACACAAUACAAAACCCUUCAGGUUCCGGAAGCAGCGGAAUUUGGGAGAUUGGUGUGAAGCUGUGAAGUCAAGCCGGACACGCGUCACCAGGUGUUUACAGGAAGUGAGACACCUUUAGCUCACAGAUUAAAGCGGCGCAUUGCCCCGAAGCGUCAGCACCGCGUUCCUUUAACAAAAGCAGCUUUUACUUUGAAAGUUACAACCGGAAGUGUGCAAUUAUUUUUGGGCUGCAGAAAGAGCCAGCCGUUAAACGUGUGGCGUCACUGUCGGAAAACACCGGGAUACAAACAAACCGAAGACUCCGUUAACGGCGCAGCUGAAUCCGGGAGAAAAGGCGGAGAAGCGCCGCCGGUUCGUGCUGCCCGGUCCCCGGCUGCCCGGUCCCCGGCUGCCCGGCCUCCGGUGACAUGGACGUCCCGCGCGGGGUGUAGACUUCUGCUUCGGGACUGAAGGUGAGCGCUCCGCCGCCUGGCCCCGUUGUUUCUCGCGACUCCUUCAUUCCUCCUGCGGGAACAGGUGCACACUGCGGCCGCAAAGGAAGGACACCACGUCGGCUUAAAACUAACUUUAAAGUUGCUUGUGAUCGCGGGGCGCCGUGACAUGCGAGCAGCGGCGUCCCGGCCGCUGGAAUCAAAUAUUAAUGCUCAAGAUGGUUCCGCUACAGAUAAUAAAACACACCGAUGCAUAUGCAUCGCCGGCCUGGGUGUAAAUAGUGCGGUGGGGGCUAACGCCUGGACCCAUCCUCCUGUGAGUGUCACAGCCGGAGAAGCCCCCGACAGCACGGCACGCCUCUGCUCCACCGGCCGGUACAUACCGAGCCCCCACAGUCCGGACGGGGAGAGGCCACCGCCGUGCGGGUCUCACGCAAACGCCUUGAACCGAAAUGCCUCCUGUGCACAUCCCUGGACUACCUGCCACCAUAAACACUUAUAAUUACAUGCAAUCUGUUGUGUGGUUUUCCAUCCAUGUGGUGAUCUGACUCCGUGGUCAUUUUCGAGGCUGUAGUUUGUGGUGUUUUUGUAUUGGAUGGCACUAAUGUGCAAGGAUUUUAAUUUUUUUUAAAUUUGUUACCCCCUUCUCAUUUUUUUGUGCUUCAUAUAUAAAAGAGGAGGACAAUUAUUGAAAACACCCUUCAGUAAAAUGCCGUUUCAAAGUGCUAACCUGGCUUCUAGACACUAUUGGGGUUUAAGGCCAGCGGCUGGCCAUCUGGUCCAAGUCUUGUGUAAGACCGUCACACAAUGCCAGCUUAUCAGUGGCAGGUUUCGGUGAGGCCCAGCAGUGUGUGCACUAUAGUGUCAAUAGCCAAACACACUGCAAACUAAUGUCCCCUCACUGUGUGCAGAGAUACAUAGAGAUGCACUCACUGGAGGCCCCCCGACCAGCUGGGGGCCGGUUCAGAGUAGGGAGGCAGUCGAUGGCUAUAUAAUGAAACUGGCACUAAAAGGUGUUUUGAGAAAGUACGAGAGGUCCUUGAGCAUGCGGCCGUAACUGGUCACCCCAAAUAUGAUGUUUGCUGCAGCAGGAUGCGAGAUGAGCCGUGGACAGACACAGGGGGGCACACUCACUCACACAUCAUCUCAGCCAGGAGGAUCAUGGCUCAGAUGAUCGCAUCACAGUUCAAUUGCCUGGUUAAAGCAGGAUUUGUAGGCGGAUAAAGAUAUUCAUAUUUGAAAGUUUUAAAAGUUCUACUGCCUGAUAUUCUUUUUAUUUAAUCUUUACAUUCACAAUGCCAUAAAUGUGACAUUUCAUGGUUGAAAAUAAAGUGGUCUGCUAUACAAUUUAUGUCAUUUGGUUCUGUUUCUAAACUACGUCAAUCAACUAUUGAAUUCCUAUACUGCCACGUUUUGUUGCUUAUCUGUUGAGUAAUAUACUGAUAUCAAUAUAUCUGAGAUAAGCUAACAUCAGUCUCUAUCUAUCAGGCUCUAUCUAGUAAGCUGUGUAAAAAAAUGAUUGCAUCAAUCACAACUUUAAGCACAAUUUAACAGUUUUCCGAGUACCAAAGUAUGUAAUCACCUUUCUUUCCUCAUUAAAAUCAAUAAAGUUUAGCCGUCUCUUACUUUGCCAUCAUCACUUAAUACCAGCUUGUGGCCGCCGUGGUUAUGUUUUUAGACUUAUUUCUAAAAAGUUUGCCCCCUUUCCAAAUGAGUGUAUUUACAUUUUUAGUGUGCACACGUAUCACUUUACAUGAAGCUCAUUAAAACCCUGUUUCCCCAAAGAGAAAAGUGCUUCACAUGCUCCCACUGAGUCAUCCAUGAAGUCUCUCAUAACUUACCCAGCCCUUUCAGAGUCCACAAGAACCUUGUUUUUCAGGCCUCUUUGUGGUCUCCUUUCAGUGGCUGCAGGCGUGUUGGAAUACAGCGCAGAUGAAAUGGUUUUUUUCAGUAUUUGCUAUUCAAAAGUCAGCGUGACAACUUAACUCAUGUAGCCCAGAGGUGAGAAGCAGAGACCCAUGCAAAGCAGCUUCUAUACCCGCAGCUGAAGUUCCACGGUGUAGGUUUCAUGUUCUUAUUAAAAGCUCUAUUUUUGGAAGGCAAUCUGUUCAAAGUUUGUACAAAAGAGUUUCGAGUGUCCUCGAGAUGUGAAUACUUUGAUAAAACAGUGAAAGGUCAGAGAGGAGAGGCAGCGUGUGAGCACACUGAGGUGUAGAAGAUGAAGAGAGGAGUGAGAGCACGAGACUGAACCUGCACUACAAUCACACUGACCUGAGUGGCCCUGUAAGCACACACAGACCAAAAUAACCACUGGAGAGCUGCACAUUACUGCUGCUGUUACGAGGCAUGUUUGAGAUGCAGCCCGUCGUGUUCAGGUAGCAGGUCUUCAGGAGUGUGUGUCAGGUCUCUGCUUUGGUCCAUUGGUGAAGUCGUGCUAUCAUGCACAUAUUCUACUAUUGUGGCUGGCAGAUAGAGGAAUGGUGACUUGGCAAGUGGAUAUUCGGUCCUCCUGUUUUAGAUUAUUAUCCAGCACAUGAGGGUCCUACUUCUAUAACAUGCACUAUAAAUAAAAGGUUUAGUUCAGUCUUUAUACAUAUACAACUAGAAAGGUGCCCUCAGUAAAGUAGUAGUCUGCAACUACCACUGCUGUAAUGUUUGAUUCAAUGAAUACAACCCAUAAUUGACUGAGCUUAUAAUGGGUGUGUAUGGCAUGAUCAGAUCUAGAGUGAGAGGGAUCAGAACGAAGGGAUUCUUGUGCCGGUCCUCACGUGUCGAUGGAAUCCACGAUGUUUCCCACAUGUGUCAAGAGAAACCUCACCGAGGGAGCAAGUCCACCUCUCUGCCCCAUCCGACUCCAUUCUAAACCCGAGCACUAAGAGAGCAGAGGUAAACAUUCCUCAGAUGGAGCUUAUGUCAAUGUGCAGCCGACAAGAAACCAAGGUUGUGAAGUGGGUCCAAAGAUACACAUCCACAUGUCAAAGGAAAAGCAAAUGAAUCAGAGUUCUAUGUGGUGAUCAAACGGGAGCAGAACACAAACCAGUUAGAUUUGACUUCCUCUUAGUGUUCUUUGAGCCUGAAAAGGAAGAUUACUACAAGUCUUUUUCAAAGAAGGAAGCCUUCAACAACAGAAAUAGAGCCGCGUCACUGAAUCAGACAAGUGAAACACUGGUGGAGUCGCAUGCUGAUCCUGGUUCAGUGCUGCUGUUGAUGACAUCUGUUCCUGAUAUCUGCUGGAGUGAAGUUUGUUUGCACACCGGUGUGUGUGUGUGUGUGUGUGUGUGUGUGUGUGUGUGUUUACUGAAGGUGGGACCUGUUUGGUGACACACUGUAUCCACAGGUCCUGUGAAUGUGUUGGUGUUAGUCAAAGACGAUGCUGAACAGGACCGAGGGGAAAGGGGGUUGUGGGGUUGAGCGCUGCAGAGAGGACACUGCAGUAAAUACAGGGACACGUGUGGAGGUGAAGUGGAGACGAUGGGCCCAGUGUCCCUGUGCUUCAGGAGAUGUCUCUGGGUCGGCUCCUGCGACGCGCCUCCUCCAAGGCCUCCGACUUCCUGACCUUUAACCCCGGGGCGGGGGGCUCAUCGCUGCGCUCGGGCUUGGAUGGCGAGAUCAUCUUCUCCAAAAAUAAUGUUUGCGUGCACCCUGCGGAGCCGCUGCCUGGCCUGGCAGAGCAUCACCCAGGCUACCUGUGCGUCCACACGGAGAAGGACGAGAGCCUCGGCACCACCCUGAUUCUGACCUGGGUGCCCAACUCCCGCAUCCAGAAGCAGGACGAGGAGGCGCUGCGCUACAUCACGCCAGAGAGCUCCCCUGUGCGCAGGAAUGCUCGGCGUCGAGGCCGACGACCCCACUCCCGUCACCCAGCAGCCCAGGAGGAAGAUGAGGAUGAGGAGCGGAACAUCACCAGCAGCACCUCCGCAGAGAGCCACGGCCUCGUGGUGGAUCCCUCCUCGCACCAGCUGCAGCUGCCCUCGGCCGGGGAAGAGGGCGACGAGGGCUCCUGCGAGCUGUCGGACGAAGUGAGUCGGGACAGCACCAUGGGGUCCGACUCGGACACCUUCUCCUCCCCGUUCUGCCUGUCCCCCGUCAGCGAGGCCCUCUGUGAAAGCAGCGGCUCCGUCUUCCUGGACAGUGAAAGCAGAGAGCUGUGCGAGGAGUCUAUGACCCACUCCGCGAGCUCCGCCUCCAGCCUCGACAGCCACGCCCCCUCCGAGAGCUGCGGCCAGUUCCACGGCGUGCGGUGGGAGGAGCAGCAGAAGGUGCUGGUUCUGGAGCAGUUGUGCGGUGUUUUCAGGGUGGACCUGGGUCACAUGCGGUCGUUGAGACUCUUCUUCUGUGAUGAGGCGUGUACCAGUGGCCAGCUGGUGAUUGCCAGCCGAGAGAGCCAAUAUAAGAUUCUCCACUUCCAUCACGCUGGCCUAGACAAGCUGGCUGAGGUCUUCCAACAGUGGAAGUGCUGCAGGGAGACUCAGCUUAAAGACCAGGUAUCGGAUGAGAAAUCCUGCAUGCAGUUUUCCAUCCAGAGGCCCACCCUGCCGUCGGCUGAGACUCACCCAGAGGAGAAGCUUUACCGGCGGCUUGAUGUCACCACCUGGCUACGUCACCUCAACCACAACGGGCAGGUGGAGGAGGAGUACAAGCUACGCAAGGCCAUCUUCUUCGGCGGUAUCGACCCGUCCAUCCGCGGCGAGGUGUGGCCCUUCCUGCUGCACUACUACAGCUCUGACUCCACCUCUCAGCAGAGGGAGGCCUGGAGGCUGCAAAAGCGCUCGCUCUAUCACGACAUCCAGCAGAGGAGAUUGUCCAUGAGCCCAGAGCAGCACAGCGAGUUCUGGAGAAAGGUCCAGUUCACCGUGGAUAAAGACGUGGUGAGAACCGACCGCAGCAACAACUUCUUCAGAGGAGAGAAUAACCCAAAUGUGGAGAUCAUGAGGCGGACUCUGCUCAACUACGCAGUGUUCAACCCAGACAUGGGCUACUGCCAGGGCAUGUCUGACCUGGUGGCCCCCUUGCUCACUGAGAUCCAGGACGAGAGCGACACCUUUUGGUGCUUCGUCGGUCUCAUGGAGAACACCAUCUUCAUCAGCUCCCCGCGUGACGACGACAUGGAGAGGCAGCUGAUGUACCUGCGUGAGCUGCUGCGCCUCAUGCUGCCUCGCUUCCACCAGCACCUGACCCGGCUGGGGGAGGACGGCCUCCAGCUGCUUUUCUGCCAUCGAUGGAUCCUGCUCUGCUUCAAACGAGAGUUCCCCGACACCGAGGCCCUGCGCAUGUGGGAGGCCUGCUGGGCGCACUACCAGACGGACUACUUCCACCUGUUCCUGUGUGUGUCCAUCAUCGUCCUCUAUGGGGAGGACGUGACGGAACAGCAGCUCGCCACGGACCAAAUGUUGCUCCACUUCAGCAACCUCUCCAUGCACAUGAAUGGAGAGCUGGUGCUACGCAAGGCCCGCAGCCUUCUCUACCAGUUCCGCCUGCUACCCAGAAUCCCCUGCAGCCUCCAUGACCUUUGUAAACUGUGUGGCCCGGGGAUGUGGGACAGCCGCUACAUCCCCACUGUGGAGUGUUCUGGUGAACACCCAGACUCCCAGAGCUGCCCCUAUGGAGGCACCUCCACCCCCCAGCCCUCCUCGCCCUCCCUGUCAUCCCCACCAAACUCCACCCCCACGCCUCCACCAGAGGGCAAGAAAGGCUCCAAAACCCGGGAUAUUUUCACCUUCCGGAAGCACUCCUGAGGAGAGAAGGCUCCGGGAAGCUUUGCUGGUCUCGGCUCACGUGGGUUUUGAAUCCUGAACUACUUGCCGUCCUCUGACUCCUCUCCCCAAAGUCCCUGCAUCUCACCGAGGACGUCUGUCCCUUGAGGAACUCUGGCUUACCAGAGUGAUAUUUGCAACGCACGUCAUCACAUGAAUCCGCCACGACGAUGGUUUGCUGCUGGACGGGCCAGAGGUCCAAAAAGCUGCGUUCCUCUCGGGGCAGAAUGGACAAUCACCCGGCGCUGUGUCGGUGUGGAGCUGCUUCAGGUUUGAGUCUGGCUGGGCUACUUCCAGGGGCUUUGUGGGCUACUUCCAGGGGCUUUGUGGGCUACUUCCAGGGGCUUUGUGGGCAGGGGUCACAUCGGGGUCUGAGGCCACCGGCCUGAAGUCGCACAGACUCUGACCCAGGGUCAGAUGAAACUGGAGAUUCAUUCAGGACUUGAACUACAACUUUGGAAAAUGUUGCCGUGUUCUCACAAUGGAAUAUUUGUGUGACUAUCAAAUUACAUGUGCAUAUCUCAUGUCUGAGCAGGACAUUUUAAAGAUGGAAUCCAAACCUUUAACAAAGAAGGGUUCAUCUACAAAUAGGAUUAUAACGAGUUUCUGGUACUUUUAACUUUUCAAACAAGUGAAUGUUUGCAGUUACAAAUAUUUAGCAAUACUAUAUCCUUGCAUGAACGAUUCUUGACAUAUAGAGGGCACAACUUGUUUGUUGGAAAACACUAAAGCCAAAAACAGAAGUAAGAAUGUGUGUACACAACAAGCGCAUCAUAAUAGGGCUCUGCUUAUUCCUGCUUAUCAUUUGUUAUAAUGAAGGGAGGAAGCAGGCGUCCGCUUCACCUGUCGAGCAAUAGGAGCUUAACCAUCUACACAUUAGCAUCUGUGACGUAUUGGAUUGAUAUGACGUCUGCCAAAGAAAGCAUAGAAAAAUUGACGGCCUGGUGUUUUACUUGAAGUUUUGUCUUUUGUGUUGAACCAUUUUUACACAUGUUGUGAACAACAGUCAGCACGGCGGGUUUGUUUUCUCCACUUUCACCUUAAAGUGACAACGCACUAUCAACACUGAAUAUCAGUCCAACUGAAUGUAUCUUUAUUUAGUGUGUGUGUGUGUGUGUGUGUGUGUGUUCUCAACAUCUGGUAAUGAGUUGAACAGCCAUAGAGGGCCUCCCUCCCUGACCAGUCUCUUUAAUUAUAGCAGUCAUCAUGGGCAGAAGGAAAGUAACGCCGGCUCUUCAGAAAGAAAAAUAAACAAAGGGGAGAGUGUGAUUUAAGCUCUGCACAGGGAUCCAUACUUGGAGACUAAUAUUGGAUCUAUAGUGAUCUAGUGAGUCUUCUCCUCUGGGAUGUACGAGUCCCAGAGGAGAAGACGCUCUCUACUCUGCAGCUUUUCCCUGAGAGCUUUUGAGUGACACUCCUGAGGCUGGAAACAUCUUCAAAUUGCUGCUAAAAUGUAACAUUAAGACCUUCAAUCAGCUCUCUCUCUCUCGCUCUCUCUCUCUCUCACUCACUCACUCACUCUCUCUGUCUCUCUCUCUCUCUGUCACUCUC